GGGCGGGAUUUAGUGAUAGUCUGAGCAGUUACCGCACGAAUCACGGAGAGUUGCCUUCCCUUUAUCCAAUCGCAGCGCGGUGCGCUCGGAUGGGAGUCUCGGAGAUGUCGCUCCGCGCCGUGCUCAGGGCCGUGGCCUCGCUGCCCCGCUGCAGUCCGGGGCUGCUCCUCCCGUCGCCGCCGCCCCCUCCUCCAUCCGCCGCUAUGGCCACGCUCAACCAGAUGCAUCGUCGCGGCCGUCCCGCUCCCCCUCCCCGCAAACCGGGCCCCACUCUCGGCCGCCCCCAAAUUAAAGGGGUGGUGCUGAAAAACCUGAUCCGAAAGCCCAAAAAACCCAACUCGGCCAACCGCCGCUGCGUGAGGGUGCGGCUCAGCACCGGCCGCGAGGUGAUCGCCUUC